AUGAGAGAGAUCCUUCACAUGCAGGGUGGGCAGUGCGGGAACCAGAUCGGGGCCAAGUUUUGGGAGGUAAUCUGCGACGAGCACGGCAUCGACGGCACUGGGAAGUACACCGGCGAUUCGGACCUCCAGCUUGAGAGGAUCAACGUCUAUUACAAUGAGGCCAGCGGUGGGCGCUACGUCCCUCGCGCGGUGCUCAUGGAUCUUGAACCUGGAACUAUGGAUUCCGUCCAAUCUGGGUCCUUUGGCCAGGUUUUUAGACCGGAUAACUUCGUCUUCGGCCAGUCCGGUGCUGGUAACAAUUGGGCCAAAGGGCAUUACACGGAGGGUGCUGAGCUCAUUGACUCGGUGCUUGAUGUGGUCAGGAAGGAGGCAGAGAACUGCGACUGCUUGCAGGGUAUGACCUUCCUCGUUCAAAAUAGGCUUUAG